CCCAGCCAGCCAGCCCACCGGAGCACAGACAAAAAGCAAAGGAGCCAGGGGUGAGGCGAAGGGAUCUCCGUCUCCCCCUUCGCCCCCUCCCAAGCCAUUGCCAAGACUGCAAGAGCAAUGGCGGCCCUGGCGCCGCUCCUCGCCGUCGCCUUCCUGGCCGCCGCCGCGCACGCCGCCGACCCCUUCGCCUUCUUCGACUGGGACGUCACCUACAUGACUGCCUCCCCGCUCGGCGUCCCGCAGCAGGUGAUUGCAAUCAACAAGCAGUUCCCUGGCCCUGUCAUGAAUGUCACCACCAACUACAAUGUCGUCGUCAAUGUGCUCAACAGCUUGGACGAGCCACUGCUCAUCACAUGGGAUGGGAUCCAGCACCGCAAGAAUUGCUGGCAGGAUGGGGUUCUCGGCACAACCUGCCCCAUACCGCCUGGUUGGAACUGGACCUACAAUUUCCAAGUCAAGGAUCAGAUUGGGAGCUUCUUCUACUUUCCAUCCCUUGGUAUGCAGCGUGCUGCUGGGGGUUUCGGAGGUAUCACCGUCAACAACCGUGCCGUGAUCUCAGUCCCAUUCGACACACCAGAUGGCGACAUCACGUUAUUCAUCGGGGACUGGUACAAGAAGAACCACACGCACCUGAGGAAGAUGCUUGAUGAUGGAAAGGAGUUGGGGAUGCCAGACGGUGUUUUGAUGAAUGGCAAGGGGCCAUAUAGGUACAAUGACUCCCUCGUCCCGGAUGGCAUUGAGUACGAGACUAUCAAAGUUGAGCCAGGAAAAACAUACCGUUUCCGUGUCCAUAAUGUGGGUGUCUCCACAAGCUUGAACUUCAGGAUUCAGAACCACAACCUGGCCCUUGUUGAAACAGAAGGUUCAUACACAAUGAAGCAGAAUUUCACAAAUCUUGACAUCCAUGUGGGCCAGUCUUACUCUUUCUUGGUUACAAUGGAUCAAAAUGCAAGCAGUGAUUAUUACAUUGUGGCCAGUGCUAGGUUUGUGAAUGAAUCCCUCUGGACCAGAGUUACUGGUGUUGCAAUUUUGCAAUAUUCAAAUUCAAAGGGCAAAGCAUCUGGUCCUCUUCCUGAUCCCCCAAACGAUGAGUAUGACAAAACUUUCUCAAUGAACCAGGCACGCUCAAUCAGGAUGAAUGUGAGCACUGGUGCUGCUCGUCCGAAUCCUCAGGGUUCAUUUCACUAUGGCUCUAUCAAUGUGAGCCAGGUUUACAAGCUGAGGAAUGAACCACCUGUUAUCAUCAAUGGGAAAAAACGGACUACACUGAGUGGUAUCUCUUAUUCCCCACCUGAUACUCCUCUGAGAUUGUCAGAUCUCUAUGACAAGAAGGGAGUCUACACACUUGACUUCCCUACAAUGCCAAUUGAUGGGCCUCCAGUGAUCAGAACAUCUGUCAUUAACUCCACAUACAAGGACUUUUUGGAAAUUGUAUUUCAGAACAAUGACACAAUUGUCCAGACCUACCAUAUCGAUGGAUAUGCGUUCUGGGUUGUAGGAAUGGACUAUGGUGAGUGGACUGAGAAUAGCCGCGGGACUUACAACAAGUGGGAUGGUGUUUCUCGUUGCACAACUCAGGUGUUUCCUGGAGCAUGGACUGCUGUGAUGCUGUCACUUGACAGCCCAGGUUUCUGGAAUGUGCGCACAGAAAAUCUGGACACAUGGUAUCUGGGUCAGGAGACUUACAUCAGGGUGGUGGAUCCAAAUGGAGGCUAUAAUGUUACUGAGAUGGUGGCUCCAGAUAACAUGCUCUACUGUGGCCUCCUCAAGGAUAAACAGAAGGCUCAGAAGCCUCAUGGUUCAUCGAGUACAGCCGCUGCAGCGAAACUGAACAACUAUCUGCUUGUGGUUUUGGUCUCUUUGUUAGCCUUGGCGUUGGGCCAUUGAACAGAAAUUGCCAGCUUGUGCUCAGCUGCUGUUUGCAGAUUAGGAGUUUGACAGAAUUGAAGUAGGUUCGACUCGAUUUGUAGGCUGCAUUCAUGAUUUGUGUGGAAAUGGAAAUGGCGGCAUUGUGCAUCUUGAACAAUGAGAAUUGUGUAGUAGUAGCAGCAAAACAAUUGCAUUGCAUUACAUUGAGCCUGUUGGCAGUCGGCACCCGCAAGAAAGGAGUGCUGUGUUGCCGGAGAUGUUUUAAUUGCUUUGUGGAGUGUUGGAUAUUGUCAUCCACUUUGCAGGCAAAGUGUUUUCUUUUUAGUGUCAUGUGAACUUGAGGAGCAGUGUGUUGAACUGAAAAGAUCUAGUCCUGAACCAGUGGCAUCGCAUGACAUUAGACAUACAUGUCUUCUUUCAUUGGCUUCAA